UCCCCUCCCCCCCAACAUCCCACCCCCAUCCUCAACCCCUCCACCCAAGGCGAAACCAUCCCCCAACUACACAACCGCAUCGCCACCACCCUAUCCACCCUAAUCUCCACCCUGGACACCGAAAUCGCUCAUCUCGAAGCCCCCCUCCCUCCCGAGCAACGAACCAGUAAAGCAGUCCUGAUCUGCUCGCAUGCUGCCCCCUUGAUCGCCAUGGGGAGGGUUCUUACGGGAAACAUGCCGGAGGAUGAAGGCGUUGAGGAUUUUAGGGUUUAUACGGCGGGGAUUAGUAUGUUUGUGCGGAGGAGUUCAUGGGAUAGGAAGGGGGAUGGGGAUGGGGAUGGGAAGGGAAGGGAUAUCAAGGAGGUUCUUGCGCCAGGGACGGAGGUUUUGAGGGAUGGGGUCUAUGUUCCGGAUUGGAUGGGGGGAAGGGGUGUUGGUGGUGGGUGGGAGUGUGUGAGGAAUGGCGAUUGUGGGUUUUUGAGUCAUGGGGCGGAGAGGGGGUGGCACUUCUGUGGUGACGAGUCGUUUGAUACGGGCCCUAUGGCAGAUCCGUCGGCGACUCCGACGACGAGCUUGGAUUCUUCGGUUGAGACGGCGGGGAGUAAAUUGUGA